AAAAAGAAAAAGAAAACUUAGGUUUUGCUUCUCAAAUCUCUCUACCCACAUUUUCUUUUACAAAAAUUGAAUCUUUUCUUCAAGCACGAACCCUCCUCUCAGCGCUACAUUGAAGAAGCAAAGAGGAGGCUAAAAAUAUCUAUUGUAUAAACAAGGUUUUGAUUCAUCCUGUGUAUUGGAGAAGUAAUAUUACAGUAUGCAGACCCAAAAGGCAAGAAAUGGAUCUCCAGAUGUUCCUAAGAAGGUGUCUCCUCGAGCUGCUCGGCCACUGAAGAUCACAGCGCUAGAGCCUGAAUCCUCGUCAUCUCCUGUCUCAGCCACUAACAGAACACCAAAGGAUAAAAGUUCAAAAGUUCUAGAUCGUAGGUCUCCACGAAGCCCUGUCUCUGAGAAGAAGAGACCGAGUAGAAUAACGGAGCUGGAGUUGCUAGUCUCGCAGCUUCAGGAGGAGCUGAAAAAGGCAAAAGAUCAAAUCUCAGUGUCUGAAACGUCAAAGAAGCAAGCAGAGCAAGAAGCAGAGGAGUCCAGGAAACAGCUGCAAGAAGUUUCCUCUAAGCUUGAGGAGAACCAGAAUCAGUUUUUGGAAAUUUCAGCAUUGGAAGAAGAAACCGAUAAAACCGGUUCUCUUGUUCAUCAAGGUGUAUCUCAGGAGUGUGAUUUUGAGUUUAGUGCUACUGCUGGUGAAAGAGCAGGAUUGGCUGCUGUUGCUCAUGAGAUUCGACAACUCAAGCUUCAGAUUGAGAUGGUGGCUUCUUCCGAAGCUGGUCAUGUGAAACAGGCUGAGUUGCAUAACUCGGAGGUUCAACUUUUGAGAGGAAACUUAAUGGACACGCUUUUCCACGUCGAGAAUUUCAGGAACCAACUCAAGGACUGUGAGGUAUCAGAAGCUGAAACCGAGGCUUUAGCCACUGAAACUCUUAGGCAAUUGGAGAAUGCGAAAAAGGCAGUAGAAGAACUGAAGUCAGAUGGCACAAAAGCAGUUGAGAGUUACAAGAAGAUGGCUGUGGAGCUUGAACAGUCAAAAUCAAGGAUGGUAUGGCUUGAAGCUCUUGUGAAUAAACUUCAGACCAAUCCAGCAGAUUUGGAAAACCAUGAAAUCCUGCUUAAAGACUAUGAAAGUUUGAAACGUGGGGAAUCAAAUGAGAUGGAUGAAGAAAUAUCUUCCUUAAGAUGUGAGGUAGAGCGACUGAGAGCGGCUGUAGAAGCUUCUGAUAAAAAAGACCAAGAAGGUAAUGUAGAGGCUUCUUCUCGUUUACGGAUACAAGCUGAACUCCAGUCUGAAUUAAAGAUUGCUAAAUCCGAGAUAGACGAGCUAAAGGCGAGGUUGAUGGACAAGGAAACAGAAUUACAGUUUAUUUCAGAGGAGAGAGAUAACCUAAGCCUGAAACUGAUAAAGAACCAGAAAGAAAUAGAUGUGGAAGCUGAGCUGAAGAAACUAAGGGAGGCGAUAGAGAAUUUAAAGGCGGAUUUGAUGGAUAAAGAGACAGAACUCCAGAUCGUUUCAGAUGAGAACGAGACAUUGAAGUCAGAUAUCCACAAGAGGGAGACAGAUGUUCAAGACGCGUUCAUGAAGCUAGGGAUUGCAAUGGAAGAGGCUGACAAGAGUAGCAAGAAAGCGGUUAGAGUCACCGAGCAACUAGAGGCUACUCAAGCUUCAAACUCAGAAAUGGAAACAGAACUCAGGAAGCUCAAAGUUCAAUCAAACCAAUGGAGAAAAGCUGCUGAAGCAGCUACUGCCAUGCUCUCUGCUGGAAACAACGGAAAAUUCGCUGAGAACUAUAACCAAACGAACUCUCCUUACUCUGAGGAUAUCGACGAUGAGCUGACAAAGAAGAAAAAUGGGAAUGUGCUCAAGAAGAUUGGAGUUUUGUGGAAGAAGCCUCAGAAAUAGUUGGAGAAUAACUAAUAUAAUUAGGUAAUCUCUUCUAAAGUUGAUAUAUUUUUAGUCAGUGUCUCUCUGAAUUAUCUUAAGAGACUGACUUUCGCUUUGCCCAUCCCGGUUUCUGCUUCUCAGGUACCGUCGACUUGGAGUUGGAUUAUAAGAGCAACGCAUUUGACUUCGGUAUUGAUGUGAAUUAGUAGUUUGAGAACAAUGUUCUGGAAAAUACAUGUUCUAAAGAUUU